GUCAAAUAUUACAUGAUGGGUUUAGGAUUUCUAAAUAGAACUGUUUCUUUCCUUAAUAUUAUUCUAUAUUGAGUCCAGUAUCUUUUGUUUUUUUAUAAAAAUUAAAGAUAUGUUUUAUAAAUUGACAAAACGACUUAAAACAGAUAAUAUGGAAACAUAACUUAUGAUGACUUUAAUUCGUAUUCCUUUUAUUGUGUGAUAUUGAUUACACAGUGCAGUCCUUGUCACAAAACAUGAUACAAACUUUGUAUUUAUCCAAAGUGUUUUUGUAAAUAUUACGCUCUCUAUAACUUCAAACAGGGUCAACCAUGAUGCCAGAGGAUGGUGUGGAGAACCGUCAUGGGCCUCCUGGUAUCAACUCGCGUUCUCUCAGCGCUGCACAUUCUGCUGCAGACCUAGAGGUGCUCCGUGAAAUCGAGAACGUGUACUUCUCGUCGCCGACGGAGUUCGACGCGGGCCGGUACGUGCUGGAGCACGCGCCCUCGCCGCCCACAUGCGACUCCAUUGAGCACAUGUUCAGCAAGCUGAAGCGGCAACAGCAGGUAGUGUCAGGUAAAGCGCUGCAUUUAAUAUCGCAACAGCGCGACAACUGCGACCGCGAAUUCGCCGAAAUACAGAACAUUCGCAAACAAUUAUCCCAUACGUUGGACACGUGCCGCAAAGCGCGGGACCAAUUACGGACCGCCUCCAACCACCUCACUAUCUCCACCUUCGUCAUACUCGCUAAUUUUAGAAAGAGACAGAUAAUACGUUCGGUGCUCAAGUCGCUAGAGUUAUUGCGUAGUUUGCGCAGCGUCGAAAAGGAUGUGGCGGAUUUAUUGGAAAAGAAAGAGUACUACGAAGCCAUAGAGCUCAUUUUGAAAAGUCGCAAAGCGGCUGCCAGUCACAAUGAAUAUACGUGUAUCGCUGAUCUGACAGCGAGACUCCAAGACACGUUAGACAUGACCGAGGAGAAAUUGGAUUCAGUGCUUUCCACGUUAUGCUAUAAUUUCGACGAGAAUAUAUUUAGGAAACUCAAAAAAGCUUAUACGCUUCUGGGCAAAACGCAAGCAGCGAUGGAACAGUUGCAUAUGCAUUAUUCCUCAGCGGUUAACGAAUACGCCAUCGAAGCAGUUAAACCUUACGUUGGAGAUGUCACAAUGGAGAUGAAGUUUCAAGACUUGUGCCAAGCGGUGCAACCCAAUAAAGCUCCUAUAUGUCUCCUGAACUUAUGCGAGAACCUUUUCGUGAUAAUGCGCAGUUAUUAUCUCCUAGUCAAUUGGCAUUCCAAACAUGAUGAAGAAGAGUCAACGCCGAGUUCUAGCAACGUCUUUGAAAUAGAAAAGAACGUUAGUAGGGAAUAUAUUAGGCAGAAAUUAAAAGCUGGCCUGAUUAGGAUAUGGCACGAUGUACAAGCGAAGGUGUCGACCUUCUUGAAAAGCUCCGGGAUAGAGGAGUAUCCAUUCGAGAAGUUCAUACAAAUGCUGGGAAUCUUGAGGAAACUGACCCAAGUGGCCGAAGUGUUUUGUGGCGACAAAUCCGACAUUUUGCAGGACUUUAUAAAGACGAAUAGCGUGCUGUACAUAAAAAACUAUCACAGAGGUCGCAUGGACGAGUUGAAGUUGUUUUUGGAGAAUGAAGGCUGGGAACAAUGUCCGGUCAAGUCUACUUUUAAUCUCCUCAUGUUACAAGAGUUCAAACUCUUUAAAAAAUAUCUUACUACAUUCAGAUCUGACAUGUCUAUUACGAAAACCCAAUCGGAUGGCGCUUCUUCGGUGCAUUCACAAGACGAUAGCGUUUAUAUAGCAAAAUACUUUAACCAAAAAACAAAUCACACUCCGUUUGAAAUGUUUCGAAAUGAGAACGUCACAAAUGAUGAUAUCUUCGGCUUAGAACCAGAAAUCGAACCGAGCGAUGACUCGGAAGAUGAAGCGGAAGUGCAAAGAGAUAUUAUUGAAGACAACGACAAAGACGAAUAUAGUGCAAGCGAAAAAAUAAUCGAGAGUCCGUCUAAAGUCAAAAACAGCGUUAUUGUAACGAAUACAACAUUAUCAGUAUUAAGAAACUGCGGACAGUAUCUGCAAAUAUGCAGAUAUCUGCCGCAGAUUUCAUUGGAGGUGGUCAUGUUGAUGAACCAGCUUUUCGACUACUAUUUCUACACGGUCCAUCUCUUUUUCACUUCAGAUCUGGACGUGGCAUCUUCGACUUUGUAUAGUACAAAACUGAAUGCAGUACUUAAAAGGAUAUCUAAUAGCAUAGACGCUAAUGGUGUAGCGAGUGAUGAUGAUGGCAAAACAUAUUUAUGUCCAGAAUUACCUCAGCAUUUGAACUUGUCUUCUGAAGAAACAUUGCACGGAUUAAGUGAAAGAAUAGUCGCGGUUGAAAGCGUUAUAUUUCUAGCGAAGCAAUAUGAACUUCUCCAACCAUAUUUAGAGUCUAUAGUUGCUCAGCACCAGAGAAUGAUCUUAGAGCAUUUUAGAGACAACACUCUUGCUGUUGCAAGCGAUUUGCGAAUGCCUGUGUACAUGUGCUCCGCUUCAAAAGCUGUUGAUGCUAGGUCAUCUUUAAUUGCAAUGUCUCAAGUCAAAUGGGAUGUUAAAAAUGUAGCCAUAGAUCAUAGUCCGUACGUAGAUAUGAUAACGAGGAAAAUUCAAGUGUUCGCCUUACGCAUAGAGAAUAUAUCGACAAAGGUGACAUUGAAUUUGGAAGUUUUAAAUUCUAUUUGGUCUAUGGUCGCCAAGUUUGUGGUGCACCUAUUGGUGGAAGGAUUUUCGAACGCUACCAAAUGCUCGAACGGGGGUAGAGGCCUUAUGCAGUUAGAUUAUAGACAGUUGUUCGUGAAAUUAGAAAAAAUAUCAGGUCUUAAGCCAGUCCCGUACCAAGACUAUGUGGAUAGGUAUGUGAAAGCUUACUAUCUGCCUAGGAAAGGUUUAGAAGACUUCAUCAGGGAAAGGACAGAGUAUUCGAAUAAACAUUUGUUGGCGUUAGUGGCGUCGGCGUGUGAAAAUAAAAGAGAUAGGCAAGCGUUACAAGCUAUUAUUGAAGGCAGAGAUUCCACAAGUACGUAGUAAACUCUAAGAAGAUUAAGAAUCUAAAUGAAUUAAUGAACAAUUAUUGAAAUGACAUGACCUUUCACGUGUCUUUUAUCUCGCUUGCUCUUCUAGGUCAAAUUUAUUGAAUAUUUGUGUAAACUUUAUUUGUUUUUGCACUUCUUGGCUAACUCCAUCCGUAAAUAAAGAAGCCCUGAGAUGAUCAAUGACAAUUGUCAAUUUGUUAUUAAGGAACAAUUCCAAACAUGUGACCUAAAGGUUACGUUCACUUUGAAUAUUAUUUCUUUAUACUUUAUUGUGCACUCUACUACAAACAACUACACUAUUUAAAAAUGUUAGAUCUAUUCAUCUUUAUUUACAAAAUAAUCAACAAAAGCAACAAGUCUCGAUCCUAGCGCCAUCUAGUAUUUGCUUGUCUAAUUUUGUUUAGUGACCAACCAUUUUAAUUGUAACUAAGAGCCAUCUAAGAGCCCAUUUGCAUGAAUGUAAAUUAUGCAUGUAUUGUGUUGCGUAUUACAAUUGGAAACUUAAUAGAACAGUAUUGAGUGAGAUUAUUUGGAAUCUGCAUAGAUACAUUCGUUUAAACAUAAAUUUAAGACUUUUUAAAUAGUAUUUUUUUUUUAUGGUUUUGCCACCCAAUUCGGAAUUUAAUUGAAUCUGAGUACGGGCAUGAAACUCGGCUAUUUUUUUUUUAAACAAAUGUUUUAUUUUACAAGUUAUGAACUUGUAUUUAUAAGUUAUAAUUGUUAAUAAAUAUUUUACUGAACUAGGUGUUAUCUUGCGGGAGUUCAUAUCACUGGUUACUUGAUUAUAAUCAUUUUGUUUAAUUCCGUUACUAUUAGUAUGCGUGUGACUGUCGACACUCGAAGAUUGACUCACCAAUAUUACUACCAGAAAUUUCGCAACCUUCCGUAUUAGACAUCAAUCUUCGACUGCCAUUUUGUUGGCGAAACUCGCAAUUUAAGCGUCGAAGAGUUAACACUAGGCUCCGAGCAGCGAUAUAAUAAUUUGCCUAAAGAUGUCUCGUUUAAAGGUGAAACACAUGUCGCAAAACGUGCGCAAACAAAAUGGCAGUCGUAGAUUGAUGACUUAUAUGGAAGGUUGUGGAACUUGUGGUAGUAAUAGUUGUCAAUCUUCGAGUGUUAGCAGUCGCACACAUACUAAUGGUAGCGAAAUUAAACAAAAUAAUCAAAUAACCAGUUAUAAUUAUUAGUACUUACAUAUUUUAUUUUUGUAAAGAUCUGUAAAUUGUUAUUGUAAAUAAAGCACAAAAUAUAAAGUGAAGAAUCUCCUGAAUUGAUGUGUAUGAGACAAAUUAUGAAAAUGGAUGUAAAAAAAAAAUGUAUGGAAGAAUAGAGAACACAGAUACUUUCUGCCUAUCUCAUAACCUGAACUGAGGUUCAUAGUAUUUUAAUGUAAUAACUACCGGUUUAACUUACGAGUUGAGAAAUCUCGACUAGUUUCAAGAUCAUUCGGGACCCUUAAUCGUGAGCGGUUGUGAUGCUGUAGUUAUUGCAUUAAAAUAUAAUGUGUACUUACGAAUUAUAACAAUAAAGUUCAUAGUGUUUAGUACAGAACUAAAUAACUCGAUGUUUGUAAUUUCGUAACAGUCGCUAUUUACAAUUUAUUACUCUAUUUAUUUAGGAUUUAAUAACUGCAAAAUGUAUUUAUGAAACACCCUUAUUAAAAUUAUAUUAAGACCGUUCAGAACUUUAGCUCGCCGAAGUGCGGCAACGUCGCAGUUAUCUGUCAAUUUUCAGUAACAAAUGAACAAAUUCCGAAAUUCAAUAUUUCACAUCAAUCAGAUACUAAAUAUGCUCUGCGACUAAACUAAAAUGUUAAUCAUAGACUACGUUGCAUAUAAUUCUGUCAAUAAAAACUUUGCACCUACUUCAUGUUCUGCUUUGGAUUUUUUCAAAUACAUUUUUCCAAUCAAUAUCCAAAUAUUCGCUGAUAUCUUUAUAAAAAUAUUAUUUAGCUAAUUGUAAUAAUAAAUAAAUACUUUUUUUUUCAAAGGGUGAAAAUGGUAUGGUAACCCCGCCUGCGCUAACGGGAUACGCUGGCGGAGCACCAGUGAAGGGUGAUAGAUGAGAAUGAAAGCAGGCCAGUUAGCCCAUCAUGAUGAAUUCAUCAGGAAUUAACCAUGAUAGUUUCCAGGGGAACCGCGAGGAGGUCGACCUGGUUGGGUAUAUUGCUAGCAAUGGGAUUCUCAGUCUCUAUUACUAACAAUCCCUUUCCCCCCAAUAAAUAUAUUUAGAUUAGCAUUUCAGUUCACUAGCAGAGUGCUUUUUAAAUAAUCAAUUAGAAACAUUGAAAAUUUUUCAAUUGUUUAUUAAAAUUGACAGAUAAUUGCGACGUUGCCACAUUGAAGAUAAAUAAGGUUGGCUAAUAUAUUGCAAUAUCUAUAUAUUGUAGUUACAAUAUCUAUACAUAUAUCGGUCCAAUGACAGACAUAUUAACUAUUGGUUAUAUCAAAAUGGAGGACCCGCUCGUAAUGAAUGUGGAUAUCCGACUGGUAUGGGCGAUAUCGCAAUGGGUGCGCAUCAAUGUCUAAAGAACUCAAUAUAUAGAUAUCAGAUAUUACCCAUAUGUAAAGUUAUGAGCGCUUUUAAAUGAAUAUAAAAAUUAUUGUUUAUAAAUAGAUUCAUGUACAGACUGGUUGUAUAUAUGUAUUUAUCUCAAAUUAUUGUACAGGGAAUAAAAGGGUCGAUUCCGAGGUGUCAUUUAUCUAAUCAUAUCUCUAAUAUUUGAAUUUGAUAGUUUCCUAAAAUUACUGAAUUAUGAACCGUAAUGAACUAGAUUUAUAAUGCAUAUUAUUAUUUCAGCCAGUAACUGUCGACUGUUGAACAUAAGCCUUCCCCAUAAGGGGAUUUUUGGCCAGUAGUUGCCACGCUUGGCAGGCGGGUUGGCAACCGCAGUUAGGCUUUAAAGUAUCUUACGUGGAACGCUGCUGCCCUUUCUUCGCACUCCUAGAACCAUGUUGAGGAGUAUGAUGGAUUUCCCAGUUUUAUGGUGAAUAUUAAAUAAUUGUCUUUUAAUAUAUAAUAUUAAUUAAUUCAUUCAUUAAUAAAUUGCAUAAUUAGUCGCCUCUUACGACACCCAUGAGAAAGGAAGCGGUGGCCCAUUCUAUGUAGGGACACACAUGGCAAAUAAAGAUGAUGCAUUAGAAAUUUUGUUCUUUUUUUAUACCACUGAGGUAGCAAACAAGUAUACGACCCACCUGAUGGUAAGCGAUUACCGUAGCCUAUGAACGCCUGUAAUACCGAGGGCAUUACGCGCGCUUUGCCGACCCUGAAGGAACCUCUUUCUAGUUUAUAUUUGUUCUUAAAAUGAAUAUUUAGCUGUGAUAUCAAAAGGAAAUUUUAAUUUUAUAGACAGGUUUAAAGAGAUGCACCUCGUAAUCGACUCCAAGAUAGUUGCUAAGUGUACUCGUUCUGAUGUUUAAUAUUAGAUGGCGCUGGAAUCGUAACUUGUGGGUUUUGUUGAUUAUUUUGUAAUUAAAGAUAAGUUGAUGUAAAAUUUCUAAAUUGGCGAGAGAUUUUAUUUGCUUUUAACAAUGUAGUAAUAAUUUAUCAUAAUUUUGUCUUUACUCUCUUGCAUUGUACAAUUUUGUAAAAAAAACACAUACCAGCAAGAAACAUUGCGAUUGGGUUGUAACUCAUUUAGGAAGAGAUCGCGUAUUAUCUGUCACUUCACAAUCAUGCAUAAUAAUAAAAACCGCUCGCCUAAUUAGAAAUUUUCCCUCAAAUUAUCUUUAAUUACUAAAUAAAAACAUCGACUCAUCUUUAAAUACAAAACAAUCAACUAAAGCAACAAGUCUCGAUACCAGCGCCAUCUAGUAUUUGUUUGUUUAAUUUUGUUUAGUGACUAACCACGUCAUUUUUAAAAAUUAAUUUUAUGACUAGAUAAUAUUACUGUGACAAGGUGUUAAAGCGUUCAUAUAUUUAUAUACAUGUAUAUCUGCACAUAUAAUAUUAGGUAAAAUAAAAGACAUUAUAUUAAGUGUUA